UUGGAAGUAGCUAAGUGAAUCUCUGAAUGUGAUAUUAUUUAGCAAAAGCAGAAUUUAGAAGUCAACAUCUCAGAAUCAAUAUCCCGUAGUCUCUUCCGGCAAGAGAAGUUGUGCAAAGUGGAACAAUGGGAUCUGCUCUCAAGCUCUUCAACUCAGUUCUAUUUGUGUUUUUCCUUGUACAUGCCUUGGCACCUCCUCUCAUCGGCGCCCAGUUAUUACUCCCUCAAGCCCUUUUCCCCGACAUUCUCAUUCAUUUCAAAAACCAAUACAUUACCCACUCCGGCGAUUAUCUGAUGGCCGAGCCGCCUCCCUUUUUCAUCGGCUUGCUUUGGCUCGAGCUUCUUCUUCAAUGGCCACUCACGCUUCUCAACCUCUACGCCAUCUCCACUGCGAAGUCAUGGCUGCACACCACCUGUUUGAUCUAUGGCGUCUCCCUCUUCUCUGCUAUGGCUGCUAUAGCUGCUGAAUUGAUUGGUUCACAGAGAGCAUCUGGUAUACUGUUAACCAUAUAUUCCCCUUUUUUGGUGUUGGGAGUUUUCGCCAUGCUUCGUGGGUUGCUACCACAUUGCAGAAAGGCUACGACCACCGGCCACGGUGCUGGACCAUCAAUUGCCACCAAAAAGAAGGCUUGAAGGUUUCUCUAAACAUCAGUUAACUCUAUUUCAUUUUAUUUUCUGUACCUUGAAAACAUGAUUGAUAUGCUGCGUCUUUCCUCAAUACAGCCAUCCAUCUUUAAACAUCAGUUCAUCGAGUCUACUUGGUAUUUUUAGUCGAAUAUAUUUGAAUGUUGCAUAAAGUAUCUUUUUGACAAAUAUAAGGGCAGAGUUUGGAUAUUGAAAAUCAGAAAACGUGGUUACAUAUAAAAUCAGAUACUUUUGAAAUCUUACUCAAAAUCAAAUAGUUAAAUCUACAAAGACAACUUUUGUAGCACAUUCCCCUCCAAAAUCUACAGCCAAGAUUUUUUUAAGAGUUCACUCAUUAAUUUAAUGAACCUUAUUGUAGUGUAGCUAAAGCAAAUUUAGAGAGAUAUUGAAAGAAGAAAGGCUCAAGAUCUAUUAGAAUAAAAUUGGUGCUUUUCAAACUCUAUAGUUACCCAAGUCCCAUAUGACUGCUUAUAAUUUAGACUUCCAUUGCCGAUGCAUAACAACAAUUGUUCGCCAUCUAUAGCUUCCAAAACAGAACUUAUUCAAUUGGGGACCAAAAGAUAAAAAAGCAAUGAAUACAGAUACAGAGAAGAAAGCAUCAAACUCAACAACAACAAAGUUGAAUUUAACACUCAUGUUUUAGUUUCAUCAUCAUCCUUAGAAGAAACGUUAUCAUCCUUAGAAGAAACAUCAUCACCAGCAGAAGCCAAACCAACCCCCUCCUCAACUUCUCUCCAAGCCUUCAAAGUAUCAGGAGGGAAUUUCUUUCUUACAGUCCUGAUUAAACCCUUGGCUUCUCUCAUCAUCUUCUUCUCCACCAGCCCCUCCACCAAAUACUUCAGCGUGUUAAAAUCAGGAAUCUUAUUCAUCUUCACACUCUCCUUAAAAACCUUGUACCCUUUCUCAUACUCCCCAUUUCUACAAAGAUGAUAAAUAAAGGUCCUAAAGGUUGCAGCAUUCUUAUUACACCCAUUUAUCUCCAUAUCGUUAUACACCUUCUUUGCUUCAUCAAUCAUCCCAUUCUUACAAUAACAAGUCAUUAAGUAAUUAUAACUAAUUGCAUCGGGUUUCAAACCUGAAUUAGCCAUUUCCUCGAUUAUGGCUUGUACACGCUCUGGCUUGCCACCAUGUUCGUGCAUCAAUCUAACAUUAUAGGCUCCAACAUCAAGUUCACACCCUUUUGAUAUCAUCUUGUCCCAUAUUUUCUCUGCCUCUGCGCUCUCACCCUUCUUGUACAGAGCAUUUAUAAUGGUUGUGAAUGUCACAGCAGUUACCUCCACGUCAUUUUCCUCCAUUUCUCGUAAAAUCUGUAAGGCUUUCUCAGGAGAACCCGCGUCGCAAUAGGAUUUAACCAGGAUACCGUACGAGAUCUUAUUGGGAGAGAAAUUAUAUCUCUUGGGCAUUUCGUCAAACAGUUGAGGAACCUUGUCGAAUUGCUUCGAAUGGUUACAAGCAGAUAACAGGGCAUUAAAUGAAAGUGCGGAUCGAGGAGUACCUAAAUCACCCAUCUGAUUAUAAGUCCUCAUGGCGUGCUCGAACAUACCAACUCGACCGUAGGAUCGAAUCAGGGUGGACAGAAAAGGUUCCUGAGUGAUCUUCGGGUCGUUUUUAUGGGACUCGAUUAGGGAUUCGAUGUCCUUGAAUCGACGGGACUUAGCGAGACGGCGGAUGGUUAUUUCUUGAGCGUAACGAGAAGUGACAGGGGAGGUGUAGUGACUAGAAACAGAGGAGUAAAUUUCUAAGGCUUUAUCUGGAUCAUACUCGUUUCUAAGUUUAGACUUCGCUUUUGAAAUGGAUAGUGAAGAGGACGUCGUCUCCGUGGCAUUGGUGGCGGCGGCGGUGGCUGCCGUAGAUAGUCGACGGAUGUGGUGGCGUGUGGAGAUGGAGAAGGACAUCUCUAGGGUUUUAAGGUCUAUCUAUUGAAGUCUGAAAAACCUUAGGUUCUUAUUUAUAACAAAAAUGCUCGAGGUUUUUUCUUUUUAUACAACAUCCCUUUUCACAUCAUACCUAUCAAAUUAUCGCCUUUUAAUUAUAAUAACAAAACCAUAAUAACUCACUUCUUGUUCCAAACUUUUUUUUACUCAUUUCUUCGUUAGUUAAAAUUGUACUUCAUAUUUGUUCGUAUCUUUAUCAUCCAUCGAAAAUAUUAAAAUACAAAAUGUGAAGAAAAGUAUGGGAAAUGAAACUAUCAUCACUAUCUAAGAUAUAAAAGAAUAAGGAGAAUUAACAAUGGAUGCAUCUACCACACAUAUUGGUUUUCAUGACAUCUCUCAAUAUACAUGCAUUGAGGUGAUACCAUCGUAUCAACGGUUGUGAAUGGCUUGAGAUUUUGGCAUAUUGUAAUAAACUUUGGUUAGAAAAUGUUUGUUGGUUCAUACAUAAAGGAUAUUAAGAUGUUACUGUAAACUUGCAAAUGUUCUCGUGGUGUAGUAGAAUAUUUUUUCCACAUGCAUGCUACAAAUGAUUAAUUCGGGAGCACGUGUAACUACACUUGCUCUAAAUAGAGUUUUUUUAUUUUACUACUUUUUGAUUUGCUUUUUAGAAUCAAAAGGUUUUUAAAAUAUAUUUGUGUGUUUUUUCGUUGUUGAUCCCCCUCUUAAUCCUCUUGUUAUUUUAUCAAUUUCUAUUAGUAAAUGUAGAAUUAAGAGUGUUGUAUUUAACAUCUAGGAGAGCAACCAACAAAGUCAAUUUAGUACUAAAGUCACUCAAAUUUACUUUUAGUACAGUAAUUUUUUCCAUGUCACAAUAACGCUCAAAUUACAAUAACCAUAUUACGUUGGCUUCCUUGAUACUCACAAAAUAUAUAUUUAGACUUCUUAUAUCAUUAUUGAAAAUCGAAUUGAUUUUUUUUUAAAACAACCUUUUAGACUGAACUUAAAAAAAAAAAUGGUAAUAAAAGGGCUUGAAAUUGAGUUUUGAACCACUUUAUUCCAUUGAAGAAGAAGGAAGCCAUUAGUGGGGGUAGAAGAAAGGAAGUGUGGAAAUUCCCACAUCGGUUGGGUGGAACAAAGGAAAGCAAGAUGAAGUAUAAAAGCAAAGGCAUGGGGUGUUAAUAAUUCAUACCUUUCUCGGCCUUUUGGCUAAGAUCAAGUGUAGUAUCUGUUCUUAUCAGUUUAAUAUCUGAUACGUGGGCCAUCGGCCCACAUGAUAUUAAAUUUAUUUUUUAAGGGGAAGAGCUCACCACGGUAGCUUGCUACUCCAGCUCUCGAGUGUAGCCCAGGCCUUCCACUACAGCUCGGGCUUGGCGCACCCCUCCGAUCUCAAUAAUUUAAAUUUUAUCUUCCUAACUAUCGGGCUAUAAUCCUUCCUUUUUCUUUUGCUUCUGUUCCUUUUUGGUUAGAGCUCAGUUUAAGAGAUGCACAGUUUAAGAUAGAUAUUUGUAAUCUGCAAUUGUUAGUUAUAUAUUCUAAAGAGCAAGAAAAUUUUUAAGAUUAGUGUCCAUUUAUUUAUUCUCUUCGUAAUUCUGCGAAGACGUGAAUUGUACUAUAAAAAUUUAUUUUAUCA